AUGAAGGCUACAUUGAUCACCGCCCUCGCCGGAACAGCAUUCGUGGCUGCUGCCCCUGCUAAGGUUACACCGAGAGCUUCCAGGGUCAAGUACGCAGGUAUAAACAUGUCCGGAUUCGAUUUUGGCUGCACCACCGACGGCAGCUGUGCUUUAACGGGAACCAACAAGCCAUACAACUUCAUUAGCGGCGGUACCGGUCUUGGUCAGAUGAACCACUUUGUCAAGGACGAUACCCUCAACGCAUUCCGCUUGCCUGUUGGGUGGCAGUACUUGCUGAACAACAACCUUGGUGGUCAGCUGGACGCAAACAACGCCGGCCAAUAUGAUAGCCUUGUACAGGGUUGUUUGAACUCCGGUGCCCAAUUGUGCAUCCUCGACAUCCACAAUUACGCCAGAUGGAACGGCCAAAUCAUUGGCCAGGGCGGUCCAACCGACGCGCAGUUGGCAAACGUGUGGGCGCAACUUGCCACCAAGUACGGCAGUCACUCCCAGAUUGCUUUUGCCAUUAUGAACGAACCUCAUGACAUUCCCGACAUUGUGCGCUGGGCCACCACCGUUCAGGCUUCUGUGACCGCAAUCCGUCAAGCAGGCGCCACGAACAACUUGAUCCUUCUCCCCGGCCAGAAUUACACCAGCGCAGAGACAUUUGUCUCUUCCGGCUCUGCCGCCGCACUCAGCGCAGUCAAGAACCCCGAUGGCUCCAUCACCAACCUCAUCAUGGACGUCCACAAGUACCUCGACAGCGACGGCUCCGGCACCCACACCGAAUGCGUCACAGACAACGUCGCCACUGCUUUCCAGCCUCUCGCCACUUGGCUCAGGCAAAACAACCGCCAGGCUUUCCUUUCCGAGACUGGUGGCGGCAACACGGCUUCUUGCCAGCAGUACCUGUGCUCAGAGCUCAAGUUCUUAAACGCUAACUCUGAUGUUUACCUCGGAUACACCUCCUGGGCGGCUGGUGGCUUCGAUAGCACCUACGAGCUCGAUGAGACUCCCACUGAGAGCAACGGUCAAUGGACGGAUACCCUUAUUGUAUCCUCUUGCGUUGUUGGUACUUGGAAAGGCCAGUAG